AGCUGGCUCAGGUACAGCAGGAAGGGAGGAGAUAGAGGGACACUCAGUUUGCUGAAGAAAAUCUGACAGCGAGCAGGAUUAGUUCACGGGGUCUGUUACCCCGGUAACUAACUUGGAGUUGACGUUUACUCGGUCUGGAGCAGAAAACCCGAACUUGGCCUCAACCCUGGAUUAUCAAACUCAGAGCUGAUCGCUAAACCCGCUCCCGGAAUAAGACCUAGCGGUCCAUCGGCUGUGAACAGGAAAGAUGUCCACUAUAAAGUGCGUGAUGUUGGGUGACCUUGAAGUGGGAAAAACCUGCCUGUUCAUGUCCUACACGGUCAACAAGUUUCCCUCUGAAUACGUGCCCACGGUGGUGAACACUUACUCCAUGACGGUGAUGAUCAGAGAGGAGGAGUACACUCUGAAAAUGUGCGACACUUCGGGCCAUGAUGAUUAUGACAGACUGCGACCCCUCAGCUACGCCGACACUGACAUCUUCCUCGUCUGUUUCUCUGUCGUAUCACCCUCAACAGUUUAUAGUAUCAGAGAGAAGUGGGUACCAGAGAUUUUAUUCCACUGUCCACGGGUGCCUUUCCUGCUGGUGGGGACUCAGGUGGAUCUGAGAGACGACGGUGUCACCCUGGAGACGCUGGCCAAGAACAAACAGCAACCGGUGACCUUUGAGAGCGGAGAGAAGCUGGCUCAUGAGCUGAAGGCCGUUAAAUACAUGGAGUGUUCAGCUCUGACACAGAAAGGAGUUCAGAAUGUGUUUGAAGAGGCCAUCCGGGUGGUGCUGGAGACUCUACACAACAAAUCCAGUCGCUGUGUCCUUUUAUAGACAUCACAAUAAGAACAAAUGGAGUAAAGGGCAGAGGAAGAGAAGCUGGAGAUGUACGUGGACGUAGAAAAAGGACUAUUAGCCUGGAUGAGAAGAGAGAGAGGAAGGACAUACAUAC